UCUAGUAUAAGUACAGUAGAGAGAAAAACGGUAGUUCCUCCCCUAGCAUUCAUAGCGGAUUUUUAUGGUUGUUCGAGUGUUGGUUUUGUUGCUCUUUACACUACGAUCGGGGGCGGGCAGGUUGGGACUGUUGUAUAUUUUAUGACGGCGGCGUUAACGUAGUAUUGUUGUAGUGCUCCUGGACAGUCGUUGAAGGAGUUCUGCACCGGACGUACUUGCCGGAGUAAAUGACUAUUGGGAGUAUAUCAGAGCUACUGUUAUGCCGAAUGGAAUGAUUUAAGGAAAGCUAUGGCAUCAGAAGAGGCCUCUUUGCGUGCCUUAGAGAGUCUUAUGUCAGAGUUUUUCCAUGACCGUACAACUAAUGAACGAAAGCAUGAGAUAGAAUCUUAUCAACAAAAUGUGGCUUGGGGUCCCUUCUCAGGAUAAGAUGGAAAUUCGAAGCUGCUUGCCUAAACUUCUGCUAACACAGCACAAAAGCUUGCCAAACUUCAUCAGGAAUAAGCUGUGCAAAGUCAUUGUUGACAUUGGCAGGCAGGAUUGGCCUAUGUUCUACCAUGACUUCUUCACGAACACUUUGCAGCUGAUUCAGUCACCAUCUACUACUCCUCUUGGUUUAAUAAUGCUGAAGACAACAUCCGAGGAACUGGCAUGCCCACGAGAAGACCUUAGUAUUGCACGGAAGGAGGAGCUCAGAAAACUGCUGCUGGAUCAAGUGCCAACUGUUCUUAGUCUCCUCACAGGUAUCUUGGAGUCUAUUUGGGACAAACACAGUGUUAUUGCAGCAACUCCACCACCAUCCCCUACAUCUGGAGAUAAUGGUAAUAACGGUGACUUGGUAAGCAACUUGCUACAGACACCACCUAGUGCCAAACCUUUAAAUCAACCCGUGCCAGUCUUGGACUUGGAAAGUGAGUACAUCUGUUCUCUGGCACUUGAGUGCCUGACUCACCUUUUCAGCUGGAUUCCACUUUCAAGUAGUAUCACCCCAUCACUCCUCACAACAAUUUUCCAUUUUGCCCGGUUUGGCUGUGACACACGUGCCAAAAAGAUGGCAUCUGUUAAUGGUAACAGUCAGAAUGUUGCUUGGACACAAGAGCGGGGCCAUCUUGGAAUUCUUGCUAUGUCCUGUAUUAAUGAGCUUAUGUCCAAGAAUUGUGUCCCUAUUGAGUUUGAGGAUUAUCUCCUACAGCUGUUCCAACAAACUUUCUAUCUCCUGCAGAAAAUCACCAGAGAGAACAAAACACACACAGUGAAGAGCCGAUUGGAAGAGCUUGAUGAAAGCUACAUAGAGAAAUUUACAGACUUCCUGCGUCUCUUUGUGAGCAUCCAUCUUCGAAGGAUUGAGUCUAACUCUCAGUUUCCUGUGGUUGAACUUCUGGGGCUGCUGUUUAAGUACACAUUUCACCAGCCUACACAUGAAGGAUACUUUUCCUGCAUGGACAUCUGGUUAUUGUUCUUGGAGUACCUGACUAGUAAAAUUAAGAGUCGCCUUACAGACAGAAACACUGUGCUAAACAGGUACAAGGAUGCUUUGGUGUUGCUACUUCGGGAGGUACUGAAUAGAAUCCAGUUUCGAUAUAACCAGUCCCAGCUAGAAGAGCUGGAUGAUGAAACACUUGAUGAUGAUCAACAGACUGAAUGGCAGCGGUACCUGCGACAGAGCCUGGAGGUGGUAGCAAAGGUCAUGGAACUGCUCCCAACACAUGCAUUUUCUACUCUGUUCCCUGUACUUCGUGAUAAUUUAACAGUAUAUCUAGGCUUGCAGCAGUUUAUUGUGCCAUCAGAGAGAGGUUAGUAGAAUCAACUCUCUAUGGUUCCCGUGUGAAGCUAUAUAAUAUGGAAACUGCUGUGCCUUCAGUUCUGAAACCUGAUCUGAUCGAUGUUCAUGCUCAGUCCUUGGCAGCACUUCAGGCAUAUUCUCAUUGGUUAGCUCAGUUUUCCAGUGAAGUCCAGCAACAGAACUCCGCACAAUUUAUCUCACUAAUCUCCACCACCAUGGAGGCUGUGGCACCUCUCAUCAGCACAAAGGUGCCAGAGAAGUUACUGCUGUCUGCAUGCCACUUGUUGGUUUCAGUAGCUACAACAGUGAGGCCUGUUUUUCUGAUCCGGAUACCGGCCGUGCAAAAAAUUUUCAAUAGAGUUACAGAUAGUGCUGCCCAGCGGCUUCCUGAUGAGGCUCAGGUGCUGAUAUGUAGAGCCCUCUCCAACAUUUUGCUUCUUCCAUGGCCUGGACUUUCUGAAAGUGAACAACAGUGGCAGGACAGAUCGACCAACCACUCUAAUCUUAUCUCAGCUCUCACACGCGAAUACCGGGCACUAAAAAGCAAUGUCGUACCACAGGGGAAGGUGCAGUUGGAAGAUGCUAAAGUUGUUAUCCAUCAAACCUUGAGCAUCCUGAAGGACAUUGUAGAUACUGUAUCAACAGAAGCAACCAAGUCAAGGCAGAUUUGUUACCAGUCCAUGCAGGAUUCUGUACAAGUAUCCCUGGAUUUGUUCCCAAGCUACAUCCACCAGCCAGAUGUUACAGAUGAGAUGCUGAGCUUUUUCCUAACGCUUUUUCAAGGGCUAAGAGUACAGAUGGGAGGUCCUUUCACAGAACAGAUUAUACAGACCUUCCUUAACAUGUUCACCAGAGAGCAGCUGGCUGAAAGCAUACUACAUGAGGGCAGUGCUGGCUGCCAUGUGGUUGAGAAGUUCCUGAAGAUCUUGCAGGUGGUAGUGCAAGAACCUGGCCAGGUGUUCAAACCAUUUUUGCCAAGUAUUAUAGCUCUUUGCAUGGAACAAGUUUAUCCUAUUGUUGCUGAGCGUCCAUCUCCUGAUGUCAAAGCAGAACUGUUUGAGCUGUUGUAUGAGGUUCUGCAUCACAACUGGCGAUACUUUUUCAAGUCAACAGUCCUUGCCAGUGUCCAUCGAGGGACAGCUGAAGAGCAGAUGGAAAAUGAAAACCAGUUCAUUGCUAUUAUGCAGGCUUUUGGUCAAUCGUUUUUACAGCCAGAUAUUCACAUAUUCAAGCAAAAUCUAACAUACCUGGAGUCUGUUAAUACCAAGCAAAAGCUGUACCAUAAGAAAAUUUUCCGUACCUCCAUGCUUUUCCAAUUUGUGAAUGUGCUGCUACAAGUGUUGGUGCACAAGUCACAUGACCUUCUCCAAGAAGAAAUUGGUAUAGCUGUCUACAACAUGGCUUCUGUGGACUUUGACAGCUUUUAUACAGCCUUUUUACCAGAGUUCUUGUCGAGCUGUAGUGGAAUAGAUGCCAACCAGAGAACUGUACUGGGAAGAAAUUUUAAACUGGACAAGGACCUUCCUUCGUUUACACAAAAUGUGCACAGACUGGUGAAUGAUCUACGAUAUUACAGACUCUGUAAUGGCAGCUUGCCUCCUGGUACAAUCAAACUAUAGCUUACUUCUGUGCCUUGUCCUGAGGACUGUAAACCUCAUCUUCUCCUGAGUUUGUCAGGAGUGUCUCCGUUGUCCACUUGUUCAUUGGUCAUUGUUUUAUCUGUGCUUGUUGGACAGCAUAGACUUCCGUUUUCCUUUUUUUUUUUAUCUUGGAUCGUUGCUGGCACUAGCAGAAGUUGUUCAAGAAAGAACUGCAUAUAUUUGUUUGUGCCAGUGGAGAUCUUUUUAAUUUGUUCUGUGGGACGUUAAUUGAUAAACAAGGGGCCAGAAGUGGCCUAGGAGAAGUGUUUUUACCUUCACAUCAUUCCACUCCAUUCAGGAUUGCCACAGUGGAGGAGGAACUCAGUCAUAAGACUGUCAGCACCUUUUUUAGUUCUUGUUUUUAUAUUGCCUUGAAGCAGCUCUGCAAAUUGCAGGGGGACUGGCAGAAAGAGCAAAGUGCACUCUUCCAUUUUAUUUUAUUUUGUGUCAUUCCAUUGUGAUGCCAAGGCAUUCUGCUUAUGAAAAGUAAAGUGCUGAAAGUGAUAUUAAAAUGCUGCACUUGGAGGUUAUUUUCCCUGAAGGACAGCACUAAAAUCUAUUGUACUUGGGGAACCUUUUUAUUGCCAUUUGUUUCUAUGAAAGAACACUGAAUAAAAGUGCUUUUCAGCUGAUGGCUGUACAGUUUA